UUUAGAUUACCACACGGCUUGUGAAGCAAUGUAGCAGAUUGUAAUAGAUUUUCAUUGACUGGAACGAAAUGUGCACUCUGAUCGAGAGGUCUGUAGCAUUUCGUCUGUUUUUAGCCUUAUUUACAAUGUUCUAAUAUGCGUUUAUUAACUCUCUUAGAGUUGUAUUCUUAAAAUAGGUUCAUAAUCGUUUUUACUAUUUUGCCCAAGAAUACGGAGUCUUAAUAAUUUAAUAAACGUAUAGGUUACCCAAGUAAAAUAACUGCGUAUGCGAAUGACUGUAUACAGUCACGUUUAUGAAAUUACAGUUAUAAUGCCUGCCUAUUUUUUCCAUUAUAUUGCAAUUCAUGACUUUAUUCGUCAAUAGAGUAGAGUGUAGGAUAUGACUAGAGGAUUUUAAAUAACCACCAGUGGGAUUGGGACACUGCCGACUACUGUCAUUAAAGUGCAUUUAAAGACACUUCUUCACAGCUUGUGACUUGCACUGUAGCGUGCACGCGAGGCUGUUAUAUACAAGUUUGUCAAGACAUCAAUGUUUGCUGGCCCUCCCCACAUUGGGCUCUGACCUCACAGGGAGUUGGAGAUGAAAUCAAAUUGUAAAGUUUUGAAGUGAAAUGGCGUAUUUGGAGUUUUGGUACCAGCUUUUUUUCCAUAUCACAUUCCAGUGAAUUUGAAAAGACUGAAAUUAUCUACAGCCUAAGUCUGAAAUCCCAAGAAGCAGGCAACAGCAAGAAUUAAUUCACAGUGGCCAGGAAAACCUCCCCGAUCGAAUCGGAAUCUAGGAAGAAACCUGAACAGGAGCCAGACUCUGAGGGGUGGCCUGUCCUCUUCAGGCUGUGCUGGUUGAGUAUAAUAAGAAUGCAUUACCUUUUUGGGCUACAUUAUAACAUAGUGUUGCUGUCUGUGUGAUAUAUAGUUCACGGGUCAUAGGAUAGAUUUACACAAUUUUCCCACCACUAAUCUUUUAAUCAAGUAUUGCCAAAUAAGCUGUCCUGAAAGAUGAAAAGACCAGUAGGUGAAUAAGAUGAUCAGAUUUGGUCUUCGUGUUGAAACACAGCUAUAGGGCCUAAAUGCACCAUAUCAUUAAACAAUUGUCACUUUCAUAAUGAUUUUAUGAAUAAUAGUAUUAUUAAUGAAGCAACAUCACCAACCAAUGCUAUUACAACUGGUAUUAGUUCCAGUUACCUGUAUAAUUAUAGUAAAAUAAUGUAGGCAAACUGAGGUGUUUACAGUAUUGUAUGAUGUAAGCAGUAGCCAAUCAAAAUAAUGAAAUAAGAAGAAACAUGAGUCCGCUAUUUUGGAGUCAUAGUAAGACACAAUAAUAGUGAGAGCAGAAAUCAUUCUCUUAAACAUCCGAACAUGUACGAAAAAAAUCUAAUAAUCUAAAACUGCUUAUUAAUUGAUCAUGUUUCCCUAAAUGUCGAGGUUAGGUGCCCUCUUUAAAGCUGUGUUGACUUUAAGUUGACUUGCUCUAAGUGGCUCUAAAAUGGCAGCUAGGGAACAAGCUGCUAAAUAAUCCAGAACAAACACAUUGCUCUAAAUGGGACUGUGUGAGAGGAGACAGACCGCGGUUUCUCUCAGAGAGCCCCUGUCAUCCCAGUGGCAGCAGUCAGACAUACACUGGGGCUUCUCAACAUCUGCCUUUAAAAUAGAUAAUGACAAGACAAAGGAGAUCCACUGCCUCGGCUGCUAAUGAGCCCCUGUGUGGUGACAGUGUGAACCUCUCGCUCAAGUCUCACGUGUAACACACACACACGCAUGCAUUGAUGCAUACCCCGCAUACCACACAAUCAUCACCAGACUCUAUUUUGCACACACACACACACACACACACACGUUCAUGUAAUUACACUGUCGGGUCCCUAAUCCGCAGAUUGAAAAUCUACACGUCUCCAGAAGUCACUCUAUAAACUCUCCCAGACAGCAAGCGCACACAGGAUGAUGAUGAUGAUGAUGAUGAGAGAGACAGAGAGACAGAGGAAAUAAUAAAGUACAAGCUUAACUACGGAGACUGUCAUGUGAGGAAAAUAAUAUUUGUCCAACUGGACAGGCCUCCCUUAGUGCAGGCAAAAUGAAUGUUGAGCUUUCUGUCGGGCGUGUCGGCGAGGCCUACGUGCAGGAUUAUUACAAUCAUGGCAGAUGAAGGGGAGAGGAGAGUGAGAAAGCCAAAUUGACACUGACACUCUCCAUUACAUUCCACUUGACUCAUGAUGUUGGUGUUGAUAUGGGCAGAGCCCUGCCUGUGCGCCAUUGGCUGAUAUUUUAAACGCCGUGGCCACUCGAGACUGAGGUGCAAUGUCACGGAUGGAUUAUUCAAAAUCCUGAGUGAAUAGCCCCGCUUCUAGUUAUUUUUUUACUGUAUGUAAACAGGUUGUAGUUUACUUGCUGAGAAUAUGUUUAGGUUAUAUAUUUUGGAUAAGGCCCCACCCACUGUAUGUAAAACAUAGGAGAGGAUGAUGUUGAGGCGGGAUGUAAGGUGCAGUUGACUUAAAGCACUUGAUAACUAUGUGGCCUCAUGAGAAAUAGGAUUACAUUGUCUCAUUUGUUGUACUUGAGUGUGUGUGUGUUUGUGAAUGUUUUUUUUGUGUGUGAAGAUCAGUUUUACCUUAUGGCCUGUGUUACAUAAUAUCUUUACAUGUGAUGCCUUUCAUUCCAAAUGUACAUAAUGUAAAUGUAGGUGUUUAAAGAGAUAUAUCUUAUUUUUUUAAACAAAUUGAUCCAAAUAAUUAGCAAAUAAAGUGACAGCGUUAUUGAUUGCUGGUAUCUUCUUCUUUCUUCCUGUUCACCAUUCGUUCUCCCCUGCUCCUUCUCUCUGUCCAAGCCUGAUGGAGUGGCAGGGGCACCUUCCCCAGGAUCAUGCCUUUGUAGAGCUUCUUGUUCCUGGGAUUCCCAGUGAGCUGGAUGUCCAACAGCUGCUCAGAGACACAGAAGAAAAACUCAAGCUCAAUGCCGACAGUAUCGAACAGAGUCUGAAGGCACUGCAGCAGAAGAUGGGUGAGUCCUGGACGGAGGAGCCCCCACUCAGCCCCACAGAAUGUCUGCAGUGGUUUAGCCCACGGAACCCCAGCGCGGUCAGGGCUGUCGCCACGGGACACCAGGAGCUUCUGGACUUCCUGAAAGCAGUGCUGCACUACCUGAAGACAGAUGAGGAGGAGCGGGAGGACCUGACGCUGCAGCUGCUCGUCAACAUCUCCUCCCAGUGUGGCGUGUCAUUCCCCGGGGGCGCUACCUCGUCCACCCUCAUGAAGCCCGGCCCGUCGGUCCAUGCCGCCCGGGAGGAAGGCCCUUUGGAGAGCCUGGAGCUGUGGGACGAGGUGCGUCUCUUGCUGCGCCGCCGCCUGCUGGACAGGCUGGCCCUCCCGCUCCCCGUCCCUCGGCGCAUCCACUGUCUGCAGCAGCUGCUCUUUCUGUACCCGGCGUGGGAAGUGCUGACGCUCUACCAGGGCCUGAGGAGCCGGGCGGCGCUCUCUCUCCUCCACUCUGCCCUGGGCUCCGGCCCCGGGGCCACGGGCUUCGACAGACUGGCCCUGGGUGUCGGCGCCGCGGCCCCUGCCCUGUGCUCGGCCAUCAGGGAGGAGCUGCACGUCCUCAACGGGGUGGCCGAUCCGCACACCAUCCUGGGUUUCCUCAACGCGGCCUAUCUGGAUACAGUGUCUCGGGAACUGGCCGCCAUGAUGGGGAGAGAGUGUGAGAGCGCCCUGAAGGACAACACCAUGCUCAGUAGCAGCAAGGGGAGAAGGAUCUCCGCCAGGCCUAAGACGGCUGUAGCACCUCUGGAAGUGGCUCCAGAAACAGGCAGGAACUUCAGCCUGACAGCCCACCAGCUGAGGGCCCUGACCCAGCUAGCCUGCACCCUGCUGGGACUGGAGCGCCAGGUGGAAGAGCUGGCCACUCAACUGGCCUUCAUCAACUGUGCUGGGGAGACUCCCUGCAGUGUGAGAGGAAUACUGAAAAAGACCAAAGACAACUUGGAAAUGACAGCUGUGGAUUACACCAAGACCACGGGAGAGAUGCUCUUCCAGAGCCCGGAGCCCUUGGUUCUGGAGUUUGAAUGGAGGACUGCGUUCAGAGAGCUGGUUCCUCAGAUAGCCCACUGUGUGAAAGUGGUGUUGGAAGACGUGUGCUCGAAGGCCCUGCGGCAGGAGGAGGAGCUGUCACUCCUCUCUGGCUCUGCCCACAUCGCCCUGACCAACACGCCUGACACAGAUGACUCCGCCCUGACUUGCCCAGGAAGGGACAUCCCCAAGAUGGUUGCUAAGUUCUGCGGUGACAUCAUCAGGGAGUGCAAUGCCCUCCUCCCCCUUGCCGAGGCAUGUGGGGACGGCGUCCUGCUGGAGGUGCGCUGCAGCUUUGUGGAGGCGUGUGCCCGGGUCGCGUCCGCCAUGUUGGGCCGUGUGGAGGAGAGGGCCGGGCAGGUGCCCUCCGGGGCCCCUCUGAAGAACCUAGCCACUCUCCUGGGCACCAGCGUGUAUGUCCACCAAUGGCUGUGUCACUACCACGACCGACUCAAAGAGACCAGCGCCUCCCUAGCCAGAGUACCCCUGACCCUGCUGCCCAUCCAGAGGUACCUGGAUGUUACGGAGGGCCUGAGAGAGCAGCUGACCAGCUACUGUGGCCAGGUGUGUUCCAGCACCAUCCUGCAGGACGCAGAGAGCCACGACUGGGCCCACACUAAAACCUUCUACGAGGGUGAAAGGUGUUCCUUCUCGGUGCAGAUGUGGCACUACUUCCUGUCUGGACUGCGUGCUGACCUAUGGUUGGCUGUGCCAGGCUGUGUGGGGCGGGACGUGCUGGCCCAGGUGGUCAGUGAGAGUCUGCAGGUUUUGGUUCAGAGGUACUCCAGGGCGCGGCCGUCCUACCGGAGACAUCUGCAGAUCAGGUUUGACAUCACUGCGGUGCUGCUGUGUGUUGAGCAGCUGAUGUGGAGUCUGUGUGAGAGGACCGAGUCCUUGUUGGGUUUGGAGCCCUCGGCGGGACGCCAUGCCUGGGUGGCCACCAUCCACAGCUUAUGUGACCAGCUCUUAACUACCCUGGUCAUCGUGACCGCUCCACUAGCCCACCUUUACAGGACCUUUCAGGACCGGCUUGGAGAGGAUUCGACCCCGGCUCCGGUCCAACCACCUGGCGUACACUGGCUCAGUGCCAUCCACCCGGGCCUGUUCUCCACGCGGGCCGUGCGGGACGGCCUGGUGGGCGACGCCGCCUCCGAGUGUCAACUGAGGCUGCUGACCUCUGACCCCGGAUACAGUCCAAGGCUGCUGUUGACCUCCAUCCUGCACAGAGACUGUCACCUGCUCCGGGUCCUCCUGGAAAGUUCCUAUUUCUGCAGGGUGACAGAUGUUGGAGCUGUGUCUCCUGUGAGGAGUGGGAAAGGAGAUUCCUUCAUGGAAGCGGUGUUUGGUGUGCUCAGCUCUCUGAACAAUGUCCCCAAAGCCCUAACUCUGGCCUUGGAGACGUACCUCCACAAAGGCCGUGUAUGGGGCCAUCUCUACAGCCUGCCAGACUCAACACGGUCCGUCCCUGUGGUGGUCAGCUGUGUCCGGGCAGUGGUCAUCCAGCCUGUUCACGGCCUCCUGGGCCCCCUGGUCAACAUGGUGCUGACCUGGCAGGCUUCUGAGGAGCCCUGUUCCUCCCUCCCCAGACGGGACGUACCAGACAGCGUCCUCUCUAAAGUCCCCAAGGAGUGGAGCUACGCCCCUGCGACUCCCGGGCGGAGGGAGCCCAUUGACAGCGUGGUUAACCUGGCGGUCCAAGCCCUCUCCUUCAUCUACACCAACCUGCCCUUGGCCGUGGCCUCUAUCCCCCUGCCUGUACGCUUCCUGUUCCACACAGCGGAGAAACACCUGUCCCAGCAUGCUCGGCAGCUGCGCUCCACGGGCCUCCUCAUCUGGUCCCUCCUUAGCUGUCUCUGCCAGCUCCUGGAGGAACCAAACUCCCUGGAGCUGUUGUGGAGCCUCCCCCUGGAUCAGGGGGCAAAGGAGAACCUGUCCCUGCUGUCUGAGUGCCUCCAGGGAUCCAUGGGCCAAGGUCAGCAGAAAGGUGUGCCCAAACCCACAGUGCACAAGGUCUUGCAGGUCUUGGAGGAGAACAGGCCCAAAUGGAGCUCCAUGCAGCUGCUGAAGGCUCGUAAGCUCUGCUCUGAGAGUGCGUUUGAGCAGGGGGAGAGUGGCGUCGCACAGGAAAGGGACGGCUCCGUGGAUGAGGCGACUGAGCGGAAAAAGGCACUGGCGCUCCUGGAGAUUUGCCACAAACCAGGUGGCGCCGAGUACCUGAGGCAAAUCUAUCACAUCAUCCGAGUCAAUGAGGCACUGUUGAGAUCCAAGCUGUGUGUCUCUAGUGAUGCCACAGAUGACUCUCAAGUUGUGACCUUUAACCUGGAACCAGACAGUCCAGUUCACGCCUCGCCCCGGUUCAACCCCCUCCACCAGUUUAAACACAUCGGCAGCAAUGGGUUUGACCAGUCAGCAGUCGGAGGCUGGACUUGGGACUGGGCCACUCUGCUGCCAGCUUACCAGAGGAUGAGUCGGCUGACCGUCACAACACUCCUGGCCAACAGGUGGGAGAUGCAGGAUGGUGCGGAUCUGGAAGAUGAAGAGACGACUCUUGUGGAGGAGCUACAGAAAGCCUACUUCAACCAGAGCCCUGGAUCCCGAGCCCCCCCUGGAGUCAGCCAGGCAGCCCCGGAAGAGCAGCAUGCAGUGGCAAACAUCAUCAAUUAAAACCACUGCUUUCCAUUCACUACGCCUUCCUCCAAAAACCCCUUUGUGUUAAAAUGAGAAACAUUGUAAAGUGUUAGCGGGGUUGGAGAGCUAAAAAGGAGAAGUGUGUGUGUGUGCGUCCGUGUGUGCUCUUGUGUGUGUGUGUGUGUGUGUGUGUUUGUGUGUGUGCACAAAUAUGUUUGAUUUCAUAUGGGUGUACCCAGAAACACUUUCUCCUUAUUUAAGCUGCCUCAGUAGGAUUUCCUGUCUUUGGUGCCCUUCCGCAGGGCAAGGUUUUGAAUUGGAGUUGGUUUGGCGGAGAAGAUCUGUUUACAGAGACUAUGUGAUCACUGAGGUUGUUGAAUUGUUGAAGCAGCUUGUGUAAAGACAUUGGUGUCAGCAUAUUUUCUCCCAGCUCCCACAAACUAACUUCAAAAACUCUGAUUUAGAGGGAAGAUAUGUUAUGAUUGCAGAAUGUCACCAGAAUGUGUCCCAGCAUGUAGCAUCAGUCAGACAUUGUGUACUGAGAGUAAAGUUUGUUAUUUGUGAUUUGUGAAACACCCUGCCCCCCAACUCCCCACCAGAGUUUCUGUAUUUUCUGAGACGAGACAGAAAGUAGAAUUAAACAUGAAAACGAACAGGAUCUAUCUAUGCUUUUACCACAUCACAUACUAUAAAUUCCCAGCCAAUACAUUAUCAACCAGGUAUAGCCACUGUAUGUUUCAACUAUAACAGGAAUAAACUAUAACAUGGAUAUGUUGCUGUU